UCCUGUGUUGAGCUAGGUUUAACAGUAAAAUUAGUCUCGAUAGCUGCAGUUUUCCUGAGUUUUUAGGUUGAGUAUGAAGCCGAUUCCUCGUAUUACUCGGACAAAACAUUAUCACAGACUAAAUAAUGAACCAGAAGGUUCUGAUAAAGUGGUAUGCAAGUGGCAUCGAGAGGAAAAAAAGAAACUUGUUAUAGCUAUGAAAAGACUGAAUACCAGGACCGCCGGAGGCAAAACCAAUAUUGACUCUGCUUUCCUGAGAAAAUACGUGCCUAAUCGGUCCAUUUCAGAGAUCGAGUCUGUGGUGGAACUUCUGAAGAACAAGGUGAUCGUAAAUGCCAGGUUUAAGCUGAAGAAGAAGAGAAGGGAGGAGAAGAAUGCCAGAAAACCCAUUGAAGAGUGGACACACGUAGCUGCUUCUUUAGCGGGAACCCUGGAGGAAACCAUUUCCACUGCUUUUUCUCAGGUACUGAUAGUGUCAUCUACAGAGCCUUGCACUCUGAGAAACGGUGACCCUCCCCAGGUUCACAGAACGCCUACAGAUGGUCCUGUUGGUCGCACUAUCCCUUUGAGACCAAUGCCAGUGCCAGUCCAAGGUGAGCAUUGGUACACAAAGACAGCCUCUCCAGUCCAGUUACUCAAGACUCCAGCAUCAACCACAGGGCCAGCCAAAAGACUUCCAGCACCAUCUCAAGUAUUAAGGGUGCCAAACAGCGCAACCUGUUUAUCCCAGCAACAGCCUUCUCCCUUGGUUGGAACCUUGUCUGCUGCCACUUUUGACCACCCAGGUGCUAAGUCUUCCACUAAGUCUUCCUCAGCCACCAGCAUUACCUCAGUCCCCAGUUCAGUAUCAUCCACUGUUGCCUCAACGUCUUCAGCUAUUUCUAGCCCCACCCCACACACACUCCCACAAUCCACUUCUGCUAAAGAAUGUCAUGCCAGGUUUGGUCGAACCAGCAAAUACGCCACAAAAGAUAGUCCCAGGACAUUUGGUGUCAAGUGUGUAGUGGACUUUGAGAAGAUCUAUUGCUUCCUGAGUGUAAUUCAAAAGCCCAGUCAGGAUUGUCAUCUCACUGCCAUGGAGAGUGCCAUAGUUUUGGACCUUUUAAUGUCUCUCCCAGAGGAGCUUCCCCUACUAGACUGCAAGAAACUCCGCAAACAUAUGAUCCAGGUGUACCAGUGUCUCUCAGCCCCUGUUGACUCCAAGAUGGCAAGACAAAUGUUUAAAGACCUGAAAGGUGGACUUUUUUACUCAGAUCGAGGCGAGAAAUCCCAGUCCAGCAAAGCUGAUAGCCAAUCAUCACAGAGCUAUAACACAUCUACCGAAUUAGAGGAUUCAAAUGUGAUGCCCCCCCCACUUAACCCUUUCAUAGUGCCACUGACACUGUUAAAGCGUAGACAGUAAGAGUUCAGUAUUACUUAAACAUUAUUGUUGCAUUGAUUCUCAGGUUAGACCAAAUACUAAUUGUUUGUCUCUAGUCACAGGGCUGGCUAUGAACCUGAAAGCUCAUCAGAAUAUGUUAACUAUCUGAAGUUGCGAUUAGAUAGAUUUUUGUUUUGUUGUUUUAUAAUUUUUUUUAAAAACAGUUUGAGGAGCCAUAUAUGUUAUUUUAUUUUUUUCCAACUGGAUUUGUUACUGUUAAUAAACAUUAAUGCAUUUGAGACA